CGGAUACGCAAGCGCGGAGAAUACAGCGGAUACGCAGGGGCGUAGAAUACGACAUCAGCAAACCGCGAGAAGGACAGGUGGUGAACGUGCGUUGGCUGGGUACAAGAAGCCCGGACGACACCAUCUACUCGAACGUCACCACCGACUUGAGCGCCAUCCCACGACGAUAGCCAGCACCCUUGAAGACUGCAGAGCAUAGCUAGACCACCAUGCCCACGAUGAACCAGAACCGACCUUUACACGGCACGGAUGCAAAUGGGAAGGAGCAGUCCCGAGUCGUCAGAAAACCUUACCAAGAGGACGCCUUCAAGGGCGGCGCCGACAGCAUGAGGAGUGGCAGCGACGACCUUAGGCCUGGCGCGAACAACUCCUACCCUCACCCUCCCUUGAACACCACCAAGCCGCCCUAUUCCCGCCGCCCGUCCGAUCCCGUACAUGCACCGCAUCGGGAUGCGUAUACGGCGCAGCAUAACGAGGCGCUGAGGAUGGCGUUGGGGAGUAUUCUGUCGCCGAAACGCCCCUUCACGCCCUCGUCGACGUCCCAUCCGGCCUCGGGCACUGCGAGUCCGGCGUUCUUCCAUGCGCUGCCGUUCACUGGUACUGGGCCCAGUACGGGGCCAAACACGGGAGCGCAAACACCAUCGGAUGCGAUGAACGGAUCUACUCACCCUCAACAACACGCACAUACCCACCACCUAUAUCCUCACUGGCCGGGAUCGUAUCAUCAUCCUCAUCCGCCCGAACCUCGCCAGUACCACUCGGACCCGCACCACCCGUACCACCCGCAUACGCCGUCGAGGCUGGGCGCGGGAGAGGAGGGUCCGGCUGAGCGGGCUCACGCAGCGCACGCGGAUGACCUCCACGAUCCAAGUCACCCACCCUCGCCUGGCGAGCUCGCGACGCUGCCUGCGGUGGACAAUCUGCAUGCCCCGGCGCCCGUGGCAGUCGCAUCGGCAAGCCCACACUCUGUGCCAUCAGGAGGCGCGCAUCCCGCCCAUGCAGGGGAUGGCUCGCCCUCGUCUGGUGCUGGGACGCCUCGAGCCAAGUUCCUCGACACGUUGCAGGGAAAGAGCGCUUGGGACGCGCUGAUACACGGGUCGUUCUCGUGAGCGGGUCAAGACCUUGAGCUCGAGGUCCCUGGGCGUUUGCGUAAGGGGACGUGAGGAGGUGACCAUCGAUUAUCGGGCAUAUAUCCUGGGGAAGAGGAGGCCAUGGGGCGGGCAAGAUGGGAUGGAACAGGGGACGUACCCGCCAUCGCC